GUACGAGUACGUUAAUGUAUCCUUUUUUAUUUUAGGAUCAUCGUUUAGAUUCAGAUUCAGUACAACUCUUCCGACCGGCGGCGGCCGCCGCAAUUCCACCACCACGAAUCCAUACACGUUCGCUUUAUUGACCCGACCCGCCGCAGUCGAACUAUUCUAUUUCCCAUUCGUACGAAAAAACCCGACCCGAAAAUAAAAGGACACCCCAAUUAACGGUGGGUCUUCGCCCGGGCGCGCCUAGCUGCCCUCGAACAGCGAUGGUAAUUCUAUACGAAACCCUAAGCCCUCUCGGCGCCACCGAGGCGGCGCCUGCGUCUUCCCAAUCGAAGCCCUACAUCGUCCUCCGCAACCAGAUCUCCGUCGCCGGCGAUGGAGAGCCUUUGCGGGAAUCUGCAGCCCCAGAUUACUUCUCCCUCGAUAUGAAGGGAGCCGAGGAUAGGGAGACCUCAGUUGUAGCAGCUCCUCCUCCGCCUCCUCAGUUGGCGGAAACUGCAGCUCCGGCGGAGGAGAGGACGCCAGAGGGCAGGUGGUCUCGUGCUAAUUAUCGCUUCAAAAGCCCAAUGAUGAGGCUUCAUAAAGAGAUACUUGAUUUUUGUGAUUUUCUAUCACCAACGCCAGAGGAGCAAGAAUCUAGGAAUGCUGCUGUAGAAUCUGUGUCUGGUGUUAUCAAAUUUUUGUGGCCUAGUGCUGAGGUGGAAGUUUUCGGAUCUUUUAAGACUGGGCUUUACAUUCCUUCUAGUGAUAUUGAUGUUGUCAUAUUGGGUUCAAAUGUUAGAAGUCCUCAGAUGGGUCUGCGUGCUCUUUCUAGGACAUUAUCUCAAAGAAGAAUUGCAAAGGAGAUACAGGUCAUUGCAAAGGCACGGGUACCAAUUAUCAAAUUUGUGGAAAGGAAAAGUGGCGUGGCAUUUGAUAUAAGUUUUGAUGUUCAAAAUGGACCAAAAGCUGCAGACUAUGUUAAGGAUGCUGUAUCUAAAUGGCCACCACUAAGGCCGUUGUGUAUGAUUUUGAAGGUCUUCUUGCAGCAAAGAGAGUUGAAUGAGGUGUACACAGGUGGAAUCGGAUCUUAUGCUCUUCUCUCUAUGCUUAUAGCGAUGUUACGGACUCACCAUGAUCGUCAAGCUUCUCCCGAGCGUAACCUAGGAGUGUUACUGGUGAACUUUUUUGACAUGUAUGGGUGCAAGUUGAAUAUAGUUGAUGUUGGUGUAUCUUGCACUGGUGAAGGCGUUUUCUUCCCAAAAAGUAAUAAAGGGUUUUUAGUUGAAGGUCAACCACCUCUUAUCGCCAUUGAGGACCCACAGGCUCCAGACAGCGACAUUGGGAAGAACUCCUUCAACUAUAAUCAGGUGAAAGUUUUCUUCAACGUCAUUGUAGGCAUAGGGUGCGACAGUGCAUCAUUAGCUGUUGGCACAAAGCUAUUUUCGUACGUUGGAUUACGAAGUCUUUUCAAGACUUGGCCCAUUGGCAAAUCAGACUUAAAUUGGGGAGAAGGAACCACCUAUGCGAGAUCAGCAUUUGCAUUGGCGUUCACCACUUUAACCAACCCGAAGGCCUUAGCCCGAAUCGGCCCGAACAAGAGCAUCCUUAGCACUAUCAUUAGGCUGGAUGCUGUGCUGCUUAAUCGGAAGGGCAGGCCUAGUGGAAAUCUGGUGCUCGGCAACUUGUUCCCGGGCACUUUAGCUGACCAACUGCUCGUUAAUGGUGUGGCAAAACUGUCGGGCAAGAAAAGGAAGGCUCGAAAGGAGAAGAAGAAAGCUGUUAAGAAGGUGGCCAUGGCCCACGGGCCUGACAUGAGUACGGCCGUCCAGUCAGUGGCCGGAAAUCUAAUGGUAAGUGUUGAGGGUACUUCAAUUCAGAUGUGUACUGUUAAGGGACAGAUGAAGCCAAUUGCCCUUAAGGUAUUGGGAGUGUUGAUAUUCUACGGUGGUAUGAAAAAUGGAGUUCGUGCACUGUGCAAACAUAGCAUUAACUUGGAAUCAGUUAGUCUUGUACCUGACCGUCAGGCGACCUACCUUACCAUUAGGCUAGACAUGGCCAAAGGGCCGCCCGGUACUGACCCGGCACGGACCCGGACUGGUCAAACCUGUUGA